AUGGAGAGCAGGACCAUUGCUAUGGCCAUUCCGGGACCACUGCCCCAGACUCCAGCAGCUCAGUCUUAUAUCUCGCUCCACCAACCGGAACUUGAAGCUCCAAUUAUUGAUAAGAAUGAGUUAUUUCCAGAUGUCGUGCAGAAGAUUACAAGCUACAUUACAAAAGCUAUCGACUCGAGCUAUAGUUACGAGCAGAUACGUACAUCUGGAGCCGGUCAACGUUUGAGGCCACUUGUAACUUCUCUGACUGAUGAUUGCCAUCACUCUGCCAUCGUCGCUGCAAUCUUAGCAUCAAGAUGGUUAUUCAUCUCUACAGACCUUGAUGACACAGGGGUCAACGAGAGUCGAGGGCUAGCAUGCGAGCUAGUCGCUUGGGAGUUCUUGACGUGCCUUUCUGAGAGAGAAUUGAUGGAUCAUCUUCUUCACGAGCUCCCUGAGGACACAAACCGAGAAGAUCCACAAGUGGAUAUGGAAUCGAGGCCGUCUCCAUCCUCAGGUUCUGCUCACAGUGGGGAGCACGAAGCGGCCAACGAUCAAACACCGCUGCUACAACGCCACCAACGGGAAUUCGGUGAAUUCUACAAGCCUCCGAACCAAGAAGCGCCUUCUUCAUCAACUACCUACAGAGCAGAGUCUGAUUUGUCAGAGGUCGAGCAGGUUGACGAUCCCACUAAGCCCCUUGCAGGCCUUAAUGCUCUAGAGAUUGCAGCCGUUGCGAAUGCGAAAAAGUUUCUGGCCCAGCGUCUUGUCCAGAAAGUGGUGCGAGAUAUCUGGGAUGGCAACAUCAUCUUCUGGGAGAGUCUCUCGGUCAACGCCGUCAAGAGAGCUCGGGUGUACAACAAGAGAAUUGCGGAUCCAUAUGCACGUCUAAGAGUUCCCAAAUAUGCCAAGGCAAUCCAGAUUUGCUUCUUCGCCGCGCUUUUUGCCCUCUAUUACGCGGUUCUGAUCCAGAGACAUCCUCACGCCAUCACGGUGACCGAAGUAUUUCUUUAUAUCUGGAUUGCUGCAUUCGCAUAUGAUGAGUUUGGCGAAUUCAAGGACGCUGGCGUCGCCUUUUACCAAACAGAUUUCUGGUCUCUGUGGGAUCUAGGAAUCAUUAUCACAGGCAUUGCCUUUCUCAUUGUUCGUGCAAUUGGAUUGCUGGGACAAAGUGAUUACCUGACCGACCUCUCCUUCGACACACUCGCGUUGCUUGCUCUGUUCUUGAUACCUGUUCUUAAGGAAAUGACCAAAGAUGUCAUCAAAUUUCUGCCUGUGGUGUCGAGCUACCUUGGUUUCGACGUCGCGGCAGAGGUGCAUAAUUCCUUUCUUCUCAUUGGAGCCGUCGCUAAUCUGGCGUGGGGAACCGGCAUAGAUCAGCCCUCUUUUUGGCCCUACUUUAAUGUUUGGCCCCCAUUCACACCUCCAGUUCAAAUCCACCCCCGAACUCCCAAUCUUGGUGCAGCCAUGGAAUGCACGCUGCACACGCGGCAGCUCAUCUUUGUGACCCUUACAAACAUCCUUCUUAUCACGUCAUUGAUCAGUCUACUAAGUAAUUCCUUGACCGAGGUUAUGGCGCAUGCACGGGAAGAAUAUCUGUUCCAAUACUCGAUCUAUGUCCUUGAGUCAAGUAGCACUUCAUCUAGACUCACCUACUUCUUCCCGCCAUUAAAUUUGAUUGCACUGUUGUUUCGGCCUCUACGUCUUGUGGUCCCUGCUCAAACCUUGCGGCAGUUCAGAAUCCUGAUCCUGAAAGCAACCCAUGCACCAUUCGUUGCAAUCAUUUUCGCUUAUGAAUCCAGUCGGCUGUUCUCGUCACAUCGAUCUCAUUUCCCACCAGCAGCGAGUUCGUCCAUGCACAUAAAUUACAGUAGACCGGGCCGGCCGCUUUCCAGCAACCUUGGCGCUCGAUUCACGGCGCUUAAGCCUGCUUUAGCACCAUCCACCCCACAGCAGCCAUCCCAGCACCAGCAGCAUCUCCCAGGCAGCUCUUCGUCUGCCUUGAGCACUGCCGACGUGGCCGAAAUGCUGACCAUUUUGCAGAAGCUUAGUUCUCAGGUCGACGAGUUGAGCAUGAAAGUUGCGGGACAGUCAAAAGACUGGUAG